AAUUCCACCAACAGCACGGAGGCUGCUGAAGCCCAGAACACUGUGGCCUUCCCUGACAAGCUGUACAGCCAGAAGGCCAACGCAUCGGCUGAGGACAAACUUGCGUUCGUGGUUCAGACGAUGGAGGAGGUGGCUGCUCUGUUUGAGGAGGAUCACAGCUCGGCAUCAUGGGAGGAGAGCACAGCGGAGAACUUCCUCAACGUGGUCAACAAACAGGCCGAAGAACUGAGCUCCUGUGUGAGUUUCACAAACGCCAAGAACACGAAGCUGCACUUGUACUUCAAGAGACUCUCAGAUCAGGUCCUGAAGAAGAUGGGCCACAGUGCUGAAGCCUGGGAGCUGAUCAGAGCCGAGAUCGAGCUUCAUCUGAUGAGAGUUCAUCAGCUGGCUUCAUCUCUGACCAGCACCAACUAAAACCUGUCACAUGAAGGAUCUCUUCACUUAU